AUGGACUGGCCACGUUGCAUGGCAGCGUCCGGACUCGUAGUCUGUCUGCUGGCGUCUUUAACGCACGCCUGGAGUCUGCCAUCAUCAUCAUCAUCAUCAUCAUCCUUGACGGCCUCAAACGUCGUUGAUGGCUCCAACUCAGCUUGGUCGCCGUUGAAGUCGCCGUCCAGCUCAAAAGUGACGUCUGCACCUGUGGGCCGACAACUAAAUGAAGUCUCGCCAUAUAUAGACCUAGUACUUUGUCCCAUACGUGCCGAGCCAUGGAGCUGUGCGCGUCAGCAGUCCGCGCGUAUUCUGGACGCCUGGGACGGGGAGCUCGGCGUGCAGUGGCAGAAACUGAAAGUCGAAGCGGAUCGACAACUGAAUGCCACCAUCGAGAAGCGAGGCUACAGCACCUCUGAAUUGCCGAUCAAAGAGAAGCCGUCGACGCUUCUAAAGAAAAUCGAAAUAGGCACCAAUUAUAUGAAGGAAUAUCUGGCUGAGACCAUGGAUGGCUUCCUUGGUCGCGAGUACGAAUAUUUGCAAACAUCGAAAGCGACUGACGAAAGUGAAAACGAUCAUAAUGACAACACAGAGGACUACGACGAUGGGGCAGAUGCGAAUGAGGCGGACGAGGAGGCAGACACCAACGAGACGGCGGAAGAGGAGGAGGAUGCCUCAGAGAGUGCUGAGCCCGAGUCUGAGACCGAGGAUGACGAGGCGGAAACAGAGGACGAGCCUGAAAACACAAAUGCUGGUGCAGCUGCGAGUCACCAGGUUGUGGCAAAUCCAUUAAAGAAUACAGCGCUUAGCGUUGGCGAGGACAACACAUCCGGCAAUGCAGAGUUCAUCGAGAUCGAAGACGGGAAAGAUGGAAAUAAUGGUGGCGCGCUCAAGAAGCCCGGCGGCGGCGGCGGCGGCGGCAAGCGUAAGCAGAAGGGCAGGAAAAAGAAGAAGGGGCAGCAACAGCCUGCCACUUUAGUGGUAGUACAGGCGGCACCGGAGCAACAUCAUGGUGUAAGCUCAGUGCAUGAUAGCGCGCCAACGUCAGUCUCCAGCUCCGGGCAUGGACAUGGCAAGCCGUUCAAGCGGAAACAAAAGCGGGGCAAGCGCAAGAGGAAGGGUCAACAGGCAUCUGUGGUUGUGGAGCACGAGUCAACCGAUCAUUUGGGUCUGGGACUGCUGGACGAGCUGGUCAGCGGCUCCGACGAUUUACUGAGCAGCGGGGAAAAGCGCAAGCAUAAAAAUCCAACAAAAUAUGGUAGAAGUAACGGAGUGACACGUGGCAAAAAGAAGAAGAAGAAGAAGGCACUCAUGAAGCUGAUACUGCUGGGCCAGUUUUUGAAGGCAAAAAUUGAGCUGCUGCUGAAGAUUCUGGGCGCGCAUUUGCAAAUCAAAUUCUUCGCCAUUGCACUGAUUGGUCUGCUCAUCAAUAUAGCCCGUUUCUGGAUAGAUGUGAAGCGUGGCGGCACACCAUCCAAGGUUGUCUAUGUUGAACAUGCCCAUCAUCAGCACCACUAUGAGGACCAUGGUGAGGACUGGAACGGGGAGCAGGGAAGCUACUGGAAGCGCUCCCUACAGACAGAUCCAUCGGUCGAGGACGCGGACUCGUCAACGGACAGCUAUCAGCCGCGACCCCAGCAGACCCAGGAUCCGCACUAUCUGGCCUAUCGCAAUCAGUACCAAUGGCACUAA